GCCGGUGGUCGGCGUGUUCGUGCACCAACGAGGCCGGUGGUCGGCGUGUUGAUGCACCAACGAGGCCGGUGGUCGGCGUGUUCGUGCACCAACGAGGCCGGUGGUCGGCGUGUUCGUGCACCAACGAGGCCGGUGGUCGGCGUGUUCGAUGCACCAACGAGGCCGGUGGUCGGCGUGUUCGUGCACCAACGAGGCCGGUGGUCGGCGUGUUCGAUGCACCAACGAGGCCGGUGGUCGGCGUGUUCGAUGCACCAACGAGGCAGCUGGUCCGCGUGUUCCAUGCACCAACGAGGCAGCUGGUCCGCGUGUUCGUUGCACCAACGAGGCAGCUGGUCCGCGUGUUCGUUGCACCAACGAGGCAGCUGGUCCGCGUGUUCGAUGCACCAACGAGGCAGCUGGUCCGCGUGUUCGAUGCACCAACGAGGCAGCUGGUCCGCGUGUUCGUUGCACCAACGAGGCAGCUGGUCCGCGUGUUCGAUGCACCAACGAGGCAGCUGGUCCGCGUGUUCGUUGCACCAACGAGGCAGCUGGUCCGCGUGUUCGUUGCACCAACGAGGCAGCUGGUCCGCGUGUUCGUUGCACCAACGAGGCAGCUGGUCCGCGUGUUCGUUGCACCAACGAGGCAGCUGGUCCGCGUGUUCGUUGCACCAACGAGGCAGCUGGUCCGCGUGUUCGUUGCACCAACGAGGCAGCUGGUCCGCGUGUUCGUUGCACCAACGAGGCAGCUGGUCCGCGUGUUCGUUGCACCAACGAGGCAGCUGGUCCGCGUGUUCGUUGGACCAACGAGGCAGCUGGUCCGCGUGUUCGUUGCACCAACGAGGCAGCUGGUCCGCGUGUUCGUUGGACCAACGAGGCAGCUGGUCCGCGUGUUCGUUGGACCAACGAGGCAGCUGGUCCGCGUGUUCGUUGCACCAACGAGGCAGCUGGUCCGCGUGUUCGUUGGACCAACGAGGCAGCUGGUCCGCGUGUUCGUUGGACCAACGAGGCAGCUGGUCCGCGUGUUCGUUGGACCAACGAGGCAGCUGGUCCGCGUGUUCGUUGGACCAACGAGGCAGCUGGUCCGCGUGUUCGUUGGACCAACGAGGCAGCUGGUCCGCGUGUUCGUUGGACCAACGAGGCAGCUGGUCCGCGUGUUCGUUGGACCAACGAGGCAGCUGGUCCGCGUGUUCGUUGGACCAACGAGGCAGCUGGUCCGCGUGUUCGUUGGACCAACGAGGCAGCUGGUCCGCGUGUUCGUUGGACCAACGAGGCAGCUGGUCCGCGUGUUCGUUGGACCAACGAGGCAGCUGGUCCGCGUGUUCGUUGGACCAACGAGGCAGCUGGUCCGCGUGUUCGUUGGACCAACGAGGCAGCUGGUCCGCGUGUUCGUUGGACCAACGAGGCAGCUGGUCCGCGUGUUCGUUGGACCAACGAGGCAGCUGGUCCGCGUGUUCGUUGGACCAACGAGGCAGCUGGUCCGCGUGUUCGUUGGACCAACGAGGCAGCUGGUCCGCGUGUUCGUUGGACCAACGAGGCAGCUGGUCCGCGUGUUCGUUGGACCAACGAGGCAGCUGGUCCGCGUGUUCGUUGGACCAACGAGGCAGCUGGUCCGCGUGUUCGUUGGACCAACGAGGCAGCUGGUCCGCGUGUUCGUUGGACCAACGAGCCAGCUGGUCCGCGUGUUCGUUGGACCAACGAGGCAGCUGGUCCGCGUGUUCGUUGGACCAACGAGGCAGCUGGUCCGCGUGUUCGUUGGACCAACGAGCCAGCUGGUCCGCGUGUUCGUUGGACCAACGAGCCAGCUGGUCCGCGUGUUCGUUGGACCAACGAGGCAGCUGGUCCGCGUGUUCGUUGGACCAACGAGGCAGCUGGUCCGCGUGUUCGUUGGACCAACGAGGCAGCUGGUCCGCGUGUUCGUUGGACCAACGAGCCAGCUGGUCCGCGUGUUCGUUGGACCAACGAGCCAGCUGGUCCGCGUGUUCGUUGGACCAACGAGCCAGCUGGUCCGCGUGUUCGUUGGACCAACGAGCCAGCUGGUCCGCGUGUUCGUUGGACCAACGAGCCAGCUGGUCCGCGUGUUCGUUGGACCAACGAGCCAGCUGGUCCGCGUGUUCGUUGGACCAACGAGCCAGCUGGUCCGCGUGUUCGUUGGACCAACGAGCCAGCUGGUCCGCGUGUUCGUUGGACCAACGAGCCAGCUGGUCCGCGUGUUCGUUGGACCAACGAGCCAGCUGGUCCGCGUGUUCGUUGGACCAACGAGCCAGCUGGUCCGCGUGUUCGUUGGACCAACGAGCCAGCUGGUCCGCGUGUUCGUUGGACCAACGAGCCAGCUGGUCCGCGUGUUCGUUGGACCAACGAGCCAGCUGGUCCGCGUGUUCGUUGGACCAACGAGCCAGCUGGUCCGCGUGUUCGUUGGACCAACGAGGCAGCUGGUCCGCGUGUUCGUUGGACCAACGAGGCAGCUGGUCCGCGUGUUCGUUGGACCAACGAGGCAGCUGGUCCGCGUGUUCGUUGGACCAACGAGCCAGCUGGUCCGCGUGUUCGUUGGACCAACGAGGCAGCUGGUCCGCGUGUUCGUUGGACCAACGAGGCAGCUGGUCCGCGUGUUCGUUGGACCAACGAGGCAGCUGGUCCGCGUGUUCGUUGGACCAACGAGCCAGCUGGUCCGCGUGUUCGUUGGACCAACGAGGCAGCUGGUCCGCGUGUUCGUUGGACCAACGAGGCAGCUGGUCCGCGUGUUCGUUGGACCAACGAGCCAGCUGGUCCGCGUGUUCGUUGGACCAACGAGCCAGCUGGUCCGCGUGUUCGUUGGACCAACGAGCCAGCUGGUCCGCGUGUUCGUUGGACCAACGAGCCAGCUGGUCCGCGUGUUCGUUGGACCAACGAGCCAGCUGGUCCGCGUGUUCGUUGGACCAACGAGCCAGCUGGUCCGCGUGUUCGUUGGACCAACGAGCCAGCUGGUCCGCGUGUUCGUUGGACCAACGAGCCAGCUGGUCCGCGUGUUCGUUGGACCAACGAGCCAGCUGGUCCGCGUGUUCGUUGGACCAACGAGCCAGCUGGUCCGCGUGUUCGAUGGACCAACGAGCCAGCUGGUCCGCGUGUUCGAUGGACCAACGAGCCAGCUGGUCCGCGUGUUCGAUGGACCAACGAGCCAGCUGGUCCGCGUGUUCGAUGGACCAACGAGCCAGCUGGUCCGCGUGUUCGAUGGACCAACGAGCCAGCUGGUCCGCGUGUUCGAUGGACCAACGAGCCAGCUGGUCCGCGUGUUCGAUGGACCAACGAGCCAGCUGGUCCGCGUGUUCGAUGGACCAACGAGCCAGCUGGUCCGCGUGUUCGAUGGACCAACGAGCCAGCUGGUCCGCGUGUUCGAUGGACCAACGAGCCAGCUGGUCCGCGUGUUCGAUGGACCACCGAGCCAGCUGGUCCGCGUGUUCGAUGGACCACCGAGCCAGCUGGUCCACGUGUUCGAUGGACCAACAAGCCAGCUGGUCCACGUGUUCGAUGGACCAACAAGCCAGCUGGUCCACGUGUUCGAUGGACCAACAAGCCAGCUGGUCCACGUGUUCGAUGGACCAACAAGCCAGCUGGUCCGCGUGUUCGAUGGACCAACAAGCCAGCUGGUCCGCGUGUUCGAUGGACCAACAAGCCAGCUGGUCCGCGUGUUCGAUGGACCAACAAGCCAGCUGGUCCGCGUGUUCGAUGGACCAACAAGCCAGCUGGUCCGCGUGUUCGAUGGACCAACAAGCCAGCUGGUCCGCGUGUUCGAUGGACCAACAAGCCAGCUGGUCCGCGUGUUCGAUGGACCAACAAGCCAGCUGGUCCGCGUGUUCGAUGGACCAACAAGCCAGCUGGUCCGCGUGUUCGAUGGACCAACAAGCCAGCUGGUCCGCGUGUUCGAUGGACCAACAAGCCAGCUGGUCCGCGUGUUCGAUGGACCAACAAGCCAGCUGGUCCGCGUGUUCGAUGGACCAACAAGCCAGCUGGUCCGCGUGUUCGAUGGACCAACAAGCCAGCUGGUCCGCGUGUUCGAUGGACCAACAAGCCAGUUGGUCCCCGUGUUCGUUGGACCAACAAGCCAGUUGGACCAACUGGCUAGUUGGUCCACGCGUUCGAUGGACCAACAAGCCAGUUGGUCCACGCGUUCGAUGGACCAACAAGCCAGUUGGUCCACGCGUUCGAUGGACCAACAAGCCAGUUGGUCCACGCGUUCGAUGGACCAACAAGCCAGUUGGUCCACGCGUUCGAUGGACCAACAAGCCAGUUGGUCCACGCGUUCGUUGGACCAACAAGCCAGUUGGUCCACGCGUUCGAUGGACCAACAAGCCAGUUGGUCCACGCGUUCGAUGGACCAACAAGCCAGUUGGUCCACGCGUUCGAUGGACCAACAAGCCAGUUGGUCCACGCGUUCGAUGGACCAACAAGCCAGUUGGUCCACGCGUUCGAUGGACCAACACAACAGUUGGUCCACGCGUUCGAUGGACCAACAAGCCAGUUGGUCCACGCGUUCGAUGGACCAACAAGCCAGUUGGUCCACGCGUUCGAUGGACCAACAACCAACAAGCCAGUUGGUCCACGCGUUCGAUGGACCAACAAGCCAGUUGGUCCACGCGUUCGAUGGACCAACAAGCCAGUUGGUCCACGCGUUCGAUGGACCAACAACCAACAAGCCAGUUGGUCCACGCCCAGCUGGUCCACGCGUUCCAUCACCCCGCCCCAUUCUCCCGCUUUCCAUCACCCCGCCCCAUUCUCCCGCUUUCCAUCACCCCGCCCCAUUCUCCCUCUUUCCAUCACCCCGCUCCAUUCUCCCGCUUUCCAUCACCCCUCCCCAUUCUCCCGCUUUCCAUGACCCCGCCCCAUUCUCCCGCUUUCCAUCACCCCGCCCCAUUCUCCCGCUUUCCAUCACCCCGCCCCAUUCUCCCGCUUUCCAUCACCCCGCCCCAUUCUCCCUCUUUCCAUCACCCCGCUCCAUUCUCCCGCCUUCCAUCACCCCGCCCCAUUCUCCCUCUUUCCAUCACCCCGCCCCAUUCUCCCGCUUUCCAUCACCCCGCCCCAUUCUUCCUGCUUCCAUCACCCCGCCCCAUUCUGCCUUUUUCCAUCACCCCGCCCCAUUCUCCCUCCUUCCAUCACCCCGCCCCAUUCUCCCGUUUUCCAUCACCUCGCCCCAUUCUCCCGCUUUCCAUCACCCCGCCCCAUUCUCCCGCUUUCCAUCACCCCGCCCCAUUCUCCCUCCUUCCAUCACCCCGCCCCAUUCUCCCGUUUUCCAUCACCUCGCCCCAUUCUCCCGCUUUCCAUCACCUCGCCCCAUUCUCCCUCUUUCCAUCACCCCGCCCCAUACUCCCGCUUUCCAUCACCCCACCCCAUUCUCCCUCUUUCCAUCACCCCGCCCCAUUCUCCCACUUUCCAUCACCCCGCCCCAUUCUCCCUCUUUCCAUCACCCCGCCCCAUUCUCCCGCUUUCCAUCACCUCGCCCCAUUCUCCCUCUUUCCAUCACCCCGCACCAUUCUCCCUCUUUCCAUCACCCCGCCCCAUUCUCCUGCUUUCCAUCACCCCGCCCUAUUCUCCCGCUUUCCAUCAACCCGCCCCAUUCUCCCGCUUUCCAUCACGCCGCCCCAUUCUCCCGCUUUCCAUCACCCCGCCCCAUUCUCCCGCUUUCCAUCACCCCGCCCCAUUCUCCCGCUUUCCAUCACCCGCCCCAUUCUCCCGCUUUCCAUCACUCCGCCCCAUUCUCCCGCUUUCCAUCACCCGCCCCAUUCUCCCGCUUUCCAUCACCCCGCCCCAUUCUCCCGCUUUCCAUCACCCCGCCCCAUUCUCCCACUUUCCAUCACCCUGCCCCAUUCUCCCUCUUUCCAUCACCCCGCCUCAUUCUCCCGCUUUCCAUCACCCCGCCCCAUUCUCCCGCUUUCCAUCACCCCGCCCCAUUCUCCCGCUUUCCAUCACCCCCCCCCCCAUUCUCCCUCUUUCCAUCACCUCGCCCCAUUCUCCCGCUUUCCAUCACCCCUCCCCAUUCUCCCGCUUUCCAUCACCCCGUCCCAUUCUCCCGCUUUCCAUCACCCCACCCCAUUCUCCCGCUCUCCAUCACCCCGCCCCAUUCUCCCGAUUUCCAUCACCCCGCCCCAUUCUCCCGUUUUCCAUCACCCCGCCCCAUUCUCCCGCUUUCCAUCACCCCGCCCUAUUCUCCCGCUUUCCAUCACCCGCCCCAUUCUCCCUCUUUCCAUCACCCCGCCUCAUUCUCCCGCUUUCCAUCACCCCGCCCUAUUCUCCCGCUUUCCAUCACCCCGCCCCAUUCUCCCGCUUUCCAUCACCCCGCCCCAUUCUUCCGCUUUCCAUCACCCCGCCCCAUUCUCCCUCUUUCCAUCACCUCGCCCCAUUCUCCCGUUUUCCAUCACCCCCCCCAUUCUCCCCCUUUCCAUCACCCCGCCCCAUUCUCCCGCUUUCCAUCACCCCGCUCCAUUCUCCCGCCUUCCAUCACCCCGCCCCAUUCUCCCUCUUUCCAUCACCCCGCCCCAUUCUCCCGCUUUCCAUCACCCCGCCCCAUUCUUCCUUCUUCCAUCACCCCGCCCCAUUCUGCCUUUUUCCAUCACCCCGCCCCAUUCUCCCUGCUUCCAUCACCUCGCCCAUUCUCCCUCUUUCCAUCACCCCGCCUCAUUCUCCCGCUUCCAUCACCCCGCCCCGUUCUCCGCUUUCCAUCACCCCGCCCCAUUCUCCCGCUUUCCAUCACCCCGCCCCAUUCUUUCGCUUCCAUCACCCCGGCCCAUUCUCCCUCUUUCCAUCACCUCGCCCCAUUCUCCCGUUUUCCAUCACCCCUCCCCAUUCUCCCGCUUUUCAUCACCCCGCCCCAUUCUCCCGCUUUCCAUCACCCCGCUCCAUUCUCCCGCCUUCCAUCACCCCGCCCCAUUCUCCCUUUCCAUCACCCCGCCCCAUUCUCCCGCUUUCCAUCACCCCGCCCCAUUCUUCCUGCUUCCAUCACCCGCCCCAUUCUGCCUUUUUCCAUCACCCCGCCCCAUUCUCCCUGCUUCCAUCCCCCGCCCAUUCUCCCGCUUUCCAUCACCUCGCCCCAUUCUCCCGCUUUCCAUCACCCCGGCCCAUUCUCCCUCUUUCCAUCACCCCGCCCCAUUCUCCCUCCUUCCAUCACCCCGCCCCAUUCUCCCUCUUUCCAUCACCUCGCCCCAUUCUCCCGCUUUCCAUCACCUCGCCCCAUUCUCCCUCUUUCCAUCACCCGCCCCAUUCUCCCGCUUUCCAUCACCCCACCCCAUUCUCCCUCUUUCCAUCACCCCGCCCCAUUCUCCCACUUUCCAUCACCCCGCCCCAUUCUCCCUCUUUCCAUCACCCCGCCCCAUUCUCCCGCUUUCCAUCCAUCGCCUUGCCCCAUUCUCCCGCUUUCCAUCACCCCGCACCAUUCUCCCUCUUUCCAUCACCCCGCCCCAUUCUCCCGCUUUCCAUCACCCCGCCCUAUUCUCCCGCUUUCCAUCAACCCGCCCCAUUCUCCCGCUUUCCAUCACGCCGCCCCAUUCUCCCGCUUUCCAUCACCCCGGCCCAUUCUCCCGCUUUCCAUCACCCCGCCCCAUUCUCCCGCUUUCCAUCACCCUGCCCCAUUCUCCCGCUUUCCAUCACCCGCCCCAUUCUCCCGCUUUCCAUCACCCCGCCCCUUUCUCCCGCUUUCCAUCAUCCCGCCCAUUCUCCCGCUUUCCAUCACCCGCCCCAUUCUCCCUCUUUCCAUCACCCCGCCCCGUUCUCCCGCUUUCCAUCACCCCGCCCCAUUCUCCUGCUUUCCAUCACCCCGCCCCAUUCUCCCUCUUUCCAUCACCCCGCACAAUUCUCCCGCUUUCCAUCACCCCGCCCCAUUCUCCCUCUUCCAUCACCCCGCCCCUUCUCCCGCUUCCAUCACCCCGGCCAUUCUCUCACUUUUCCAUCACCCCGCCCCAUUCUCCCGCUUUCCAUCACCCCGCCCCAUUCUCCCUCUUUCCAUCACCCCGCCCCAUUCUCCCGCUUUCCAUCAACCCGCCCCAUUCUCCCUCUUUCCAUCACCCUGCCCCAUUCUCCCGCUUUCCAUCAGCCCGCCCCAUUCUCCCGCUUUCCAUCAGCCCGCACGAUUCUCCCGCUUUCCAUCACCCCGCACCAUUCUCCCGCUUUCCAUCACCCCUCCCCAUUCUCCCGCUUUCCAUCACCCCUCCCCAUUCUCCCGCUUUCCAUCACCCCGCCCCAUUCUGGUCCACGUGUUUGUUGGACCAACGAGCCAGUUGCUCCACGUGUUCGUUGGACCAACGAGCCAGUUGCUCCACGUGUUCGUUGGACCAACGAGCCAGGUGGUCGACGUGUUCGAUGGACCAACGAGCGAGGUGGUCGACGUGUUCGAUGGACCAACGAGCGAGGUGGUCGACGUGUUCGAUGGACCAACGAGCGAGGUGGUCGACGUGUUCGAUGGACCAACGAGCGAGGUGGUCGACGUGUUCGAUGGACCAACGAGCGAGGUGGUCGACGUGUUCGAUGGACCAACGAGCGAGGUGGUCGACGUGUUCGAUGGACCAACGAGCGAGGUGGUCGACGUGUUCGAUGGACCAACGAGCGAGGUGGUCGACGUGUUCGAUGGACCAACGAGCGAGGUGGUCGACGUGUUCGAUGGACCAACGAGCGAGGUGGUCGACGUGUUCGAUGGACCAACGAGCGAGGUGGUCGACGUGUUCGAUGGACCAACGAGGCCGGUGGUCGGCGUGUUCGAUGGACCAACGAGGCCGGUGGUCGGCGUGUUCGAUGGACCAACGAGGCCGGUGGUCGGCGUGUUCGAUGGACCAACGAGGCCGGUGGUCGGCGUGUUCGAUGGACCAACGAGGCCGGUGGUCGGCGUGUUCGAUGGACCAACGAGGCCGGUGGUCGGCGUGUUCGAUGGACCAACGAGGCCGGUGGUCGGCGUGUUCGAUGGACCAACGAGGCCGGUGGUCGGCGUGUUCGAUGGACCAACGAGGCCGGUGGUCGGCGUGUUCGAUGGACCAACGAGGCCGGUGGUCGGCGUGUUCGAUGGACCAACGAGGCCGGUGGUCGGCGUGUUCGAUGGACCAACGAGGCCGGUGGUCGGCGUGUUCGAUGGACCAACGAGGCCGGUGGUCGGCGUGUUCGAUGGACCAACGAGGCCGGUGGUCGGCGUGUUCGAUGGACCAACGAGGCCGGUGGUCGGCGUGUUCGAUGGACCAACGAGGCCGGUGGUCGGCGUGUUCGAUGGACCAACGAGGCCGGUGGUCGGCGUGUUCGAUGGACCAACGAGGCCGGUGGUCGGCGUGUUCGAUGGACCAACGAGGCCGGUGGUCGGCGUGUUCGAUGGACCAACGAGGCCGGUGGUCGGCGUGUUCGAUGGACCAACGAGGCCGGUGGUCGGCGUGUUCGAUGGACCAACGAGGCCGGUGGUCGGCGUGUUCGAUGGACCAACGAGGCCGGUGGUCGGCGUGUUCGAUGGACCAACGAGGCCGGUGGUCGGCGUGUUCGAUGGACCAACGAGGCCGGUGGUCGGCGUGUUCGAUGGACCAACGAGGCCGGUGGUCGGCGUGUUCGAUGGACCAACGAGGCCGGUGGUCGGCGUGUUCGAUGGACCAACGAGGCCGGUGGUCGGCGUGUUCGAUGGACCAACGAGGCCGGUGGUCGGCGUGUUCGAUGGACCAACGAGGCCGGUGGUCGGCGUGUUCGAUGGACCAACGAGGCCGGUGGUCGGCGUGUUCGAUGGACCAACGAGGCCGGUGGUCGGCGUGUUCGAUGGACCAACGAGGCCGGUGGUCGGCGUGUUCGAUGCACCAACGAGGCCGGUGGUCGGCGUGUUCGAUGCACCAACGAGGCCGGUGGUCGGCGUGUUCGAUGCACCAACGAGGCCGGUGGUCGGCGUGUUCGAUGCACCAACGAGGCCGGUGGUCGGCGUGUUCGAUGCACCAACGAGGCCGGUGGUCGGCGUGUUCGAUGCACCAACGAGGCCGGUGGUCGGCGUGUUCGAUGCACCAACGAGGCCGGUGGUCGGCGUGUUCGAUGCACCAACGAGGCCGGUGGUCGGCGUGUUCGAUGCACCAACGAGGCCGGUGGUCGGCGUGUUCGAUGCACCAACGAGGCCGGUGGUCGGCGUGUUCGAUGCACCAACGAGGCCGGUGGUCGGCGUGUUCCGUGCACCAACGAGGCCGGUGGUCGGCGUGUUCGAUGCACCAACGAGGCCGGUGGUCGGCGUGUUCGAUGCACCAACGAGGCCGGUGGUCGGCGUGUUCCGUGCACCAACGAGGCCGGUGGUCGGCGUGUUCCGUGCACCAACGAGGCCGGUGGUCGGCGUGUUCCGUGCACCAACGAGGCCGGUGGUCGGCGUGUUCCGUGCACCAACGAGGCCGGUGGUCGGCGUGUUCGAUGCACCAACGAGGCCGGUGGUCGGCGUGUUCGUGCACCAACGAGGCCGGUGGUCGGCGUGUUCGUGCACCAACGAGGCCGCUGGUCGGCGUGUUCGUGCACCAACGAGGCCGCUGGUCGGCGUGUUCGAUGCACCAACGAGGCAGCUGGUCGGCGUGUUCCAUGCACCAACGAGGCAGCUGGUCGGCGUGUUCCAUGCACCAACGAGGCGCUGGUCGGCGUGUUCCAUGCACCAACGAGGCAGCUGGCAGCUGGUCCGCGUGUUCGUUGCACCAACGAGGCAGCUGGUCCGCGUGUUCGUUGCACCAACGAGGCAGCUGGUCCGCGUGUUCGUUGCACCAACGAGGCAGCUGGUCCGCGUGUUCGUUGCACCAACGAGGCAGCUGGUCCGCGUGUUCGUUGCACCAACGAGGCAGCUGGUCCGCGUGUUCGUUGCACCAACGAGGCAGCUGGUCCGCGUGUUCGUUGCACCAACGAGGCAGCUGGUCCGCGUGUUCGUUGCACCAACGAGGCAGCUGGUCCGCGUGUUCGUUGCACCAACGAGGCAGCUGGUCCGCGUGUUCGUUGCACCAACGAGGCAGCUGGUCCGCGUGUUCGUUGCACCAACGAGGCAGCUGGUCCGCGUGAUCGUUGCACCAACGAGGCAGCUGGUCCGCGUGUUCGUUGCACCAACGAGGCAGCUGGUCCGCGUGUUCGUUGGACCAACGAGGCAGCUGGUCCGCGUGUUCGUUGCACCAACGAGGCAGCUGGUCCGCGUGUUCGUUGGACCAACGAGGCAGCUGGUCCGCGUGUUCGUUGGACCAACGAGGCAGCUGGUCCGCGUGUUCGUUGGACCAACGAGGCAGCUGGUCCGCGUGUUCGUUGGACCAACGAGGCAGCUGGUCCGCGUGUUCGUUGGACCAACGAGGCAGCUGGUCCGCGUGUUCGUUGGACCAACGAGGCAGCUGGUCCGCGUGUUCGUUGGACCAACGAGGCAGCUGGUCCGCGUGUUCGUUGGACCAACGAGGCAGCUGGUCCGCGUGUUCGUUGGACCAACGAGGCAGCUGGUCCGCGUGUUCGUUGGACCAACGAGGCAGCUGGUCCGCGUGUUCGUUGGACCAACGAGGCAGCUGGUCCGCGUGUUCGUUGGACCAACGAGGCAGCUGGUCCGCGUGUUCGUUGGACCAACGAGGCAGCUGGUCCGCGUGUUCGUUGGACCAACGAGGCAGCUGGUCCGCGUGUUCGUUGGACCAACGAGGCAGCUGGUCCGCGUGUUCGUUGGACCAACGAGGCAGCUGGUCCGCGUGUUCGUUGGACCAACGAGGCAGCUGGUCCGCGUGUUCGUUGGACCAACGAGGCAGCUGGUCCGCGUGUUCGUUGGACCAACGAGGCAGCUGGUCCGCGUGUUCGUUGGACCAACGAGGCAGCUGGUCCGCGUGUUCGUUGGACCAACGAGGCAGCUGGUCCGCGUGUUCGUUGGACCAACGAGGCAGCUGGUCCGCGUGUUCGUUGGACCAACGAGGCAGCUGGUCCGCGUGUUCGUUGGACCAACGAGGCAGCUGGUCCGCGUGUUCGUUGGACCAACGAGGCAGCUGGUCCGCGUGUUCGUUGGACCAACGAGGCAGCUGGUCCGCGUGUUCGUUGGACCAACGAGGCAGCUGGUCCGCGUGUUCGUUGGACCAACGAGGCAGCUGGUCCGCGUGUUCGUUGGACCAACGAGGCAGCUGGUCCGCGUGUUCGUUGGACCAACGAGGCAGCUGGUCCGCGUGUUCGUUGGACCAACGAGGCAGCUGGUCCGCGUGUUUGUUGGACCAACAAGCCAGCUGGUCCGCGUGUUUGUUGGACCAACAAGCCAGCUGGUCCGCGUGUUUGUUGGACCAACAAGCCAGCUGGUCCGCGUGUUUGUUGGACCAACAAGCCAGCUGGUCCGCGUGUUUGUUGGACCAACAAGCCAGCUGGUCCGCGUGUUUGUUGGACCAACAAGCCAGCUGGUCCGCGUGUUUGUUGGACCAACAAGCCAGCUGGUCCGCGUGUUUGUUGGACCAACAAGCCAGCUGGUCCGCGUGUUUGUUGGACCAACAAGCCAGCUGGUCCGCGUGUUUGUUGGACCAACAAGCCAGCUGGUCCGCGUGUUUGUUGGACCAACAAGCCAGCUGGUCCGCGUGUUUGUUGGACCAACAAGCCAGCUGGUCCGCGUGUUUGUUGGACCAACAAGCCAGCUGGUCCGCGUGUUUGUUGGACCAACAAGCCAGCUGGUCCGCGUGUUUGUUGGACCAACAAGCCAGCUGGUCCGCGUGUUUGUUGGACCAACAAGCCAGCUGGUCCGCGUGUUUGUUGGACCAACAAGCCAGCUGGUCCGCGUGUUUGUUGGACCAACAAGCCAGCUGGUCCGCGUGUUUGUUGGACCAACAAGCCAGCUGGUCCGCGUGUUUGUUGGACCAACAAGCCAGCUGGUCCGCGUGUUUGUUGGACCAACAAGCCAGCUGGUCCGCGUGUUUGUUGGACCAACAAGCCAGCUGGUCCGCGUGUUUGUUGGACCAACAAGCCAGCUGGUCCGCGUGUUUGUUGGACCAACAAGCCAGCUGGUCCGCGUGUUUGUUGGACCAACAAGCCAGCUGGUCCGCGUGUUUGUUGGACCAACAAGCCAGCUGGUCCGCGUGUUUGUUGGACCAACAAGCCAGCUGGUCCGCGUGUUUGUUGGACCAACAAGCCAGCUGGUCCGCGUGUUUGUUGGACCAACAAGCCAGCUGGUCCGCGUGUUUGUUGGACCAACAAGCCAGCUGGUCCACGUGUUCGAUGGACCAACAAGCCAGCUGGUCCACGUGUUCGAUGGACCAACAAGCCAGCUGGUCCACGUGUUCGAUGGACCAACAAGCCAGCUGGUCCACGUGUUCGAUGGACCAACAAGCCAGCUGGUCCACGUGUUCGAUGGACCAACAAGCCAGCUGGUCCACGUGUUCGAUGGACCAACAAGCCAGCUGGUCCACGUGUUCGAUGGACCAACAAGCCAGCUGGUCCACGUGUUCGAUGGACCAACAAGCCAGCUGGUCCACGUGUUCGAUGGACCAACAAGCCAGCUGGUCCACGUGUUCGAUGGACCAACAAGCCAGCUGGUCCACGUGUUCGAUGGACCAACAAGCCAGCUGGUCCACGUGUUCGAUGGACCAACAAGCCAGCUGGUCCACGUGUUCGAUGGACCAACAAGCCAGCUGGUCCACGUGUUCGAUGGACCAACAAGCCAGCUGGUCCACGUGUUCGAUGGACCAACAAGCCAGCUGGUCCACGUGUUCGAUGGACCAACAAGCCAGCUGGUCCACGUGUUCGAUGGACCAACAAGCCAGCUGGUCCACGUGUUCGAUGGACCAACAAGCCAGCUGGUCCACGUGUUCGAUGGACCAACAAGCCAGCUGGUCCACGUGUUCGAUGGACCAACAAGCCAGCUGGUCCACGUGUUCGAUGGACCAACAAGCCAGCUGGUCCGCGUGUUCGAUGGACCAACAAGCCAGCUGGUCCGCGUGUUCGAUGGACCAACAAGCCAGCUGGUCCGCGUGUUCGAUGGACCAACAAGCCAGCUGGUCCGCGUGUUCGAUGGACCAACAAGCCAGCUGGUCCGCGUGUUCGAUGGACCAACAAGCCAGCUGGUCCGCGUGUUCGAUGGACCAACAAGCCAGCUGGUCCGCGUGUUUGUUGGACCAACAAGCCAGCUGGUCCGCGUGUUCGAUGGACCAACAAGCCAGCUGGUCCGCGUGUUCGAUGGACCAACAAGCCAGCUGGUCCGCGUGUUCGUUGGACCAACAAGCCAGUUGGUCCACGUGUUCGUUGGACCAACAAGCCAGUUGGACCAACUGGCUAGUUGGUCCACGCGUUCGAUGGACCAACAAGCCAGUUGGUCCACGCGUUCGAUGGACCAACAAGCCAGUUGGUCCACGCGUUCGAUGGACCAACAAGCCAGUUGGUCCACGCGUUCGAUGGACCAACAAGCCAGUUGGUCCACGCGUUCGAUGGACCAACAAGCCAGUUGGUCCACGCGUUCGUUGGACCAACAAGCCAGUUGGUCCACGCGUUCGAUGGACCAACAAGCCAGUUGGUCCACGCGUUCGAUGGACCAACAAGCCAGUUGGUCCACGCGUUCGAUGGACCAACAAGCCAGUUGGUCCACGCGUUCGAUGGACCAACAAGCCAGUUGGUCCACGCGUUCGAUGGACCAACACAACAGUUGGUCCACGCGUUCGAUGGACCAACAAGCCAGUUGGUCCACGCGUUCGAUGGACCAACAAGCCAGUUGGUCCACGCGUUCGAUGGACCAACAACCAACAAGCCAGUUGGUCCACGCGUUCGAUGGACCAACAAGCCAGUUGGUCCACGCGUUCGAUGGACCAACAAGCCAGUUGGUCCACGCGUUCGAUGGACCAACAACCAACAAGCCAGUUGGUCCACGC